AUGUCGGACACAAUCUACUACACACCCAGUAUAGAGUCCAACAAGCAGAAACUCCAGCAUGUCCACGAUAUCGCCUCGCUAGUGCUAGGUGUCGGCUCUGGCGUUCUCACUCUAGAGUCAGCCUACGGCUUCAUCUUCUACGUGGUUGGCAUUACCUUGACCAACUUGUUGUUCUAUCUCAUUUGUUGUGAGGGCCAGCCUCACAAAUUCUUUAAGAAACCGGUUCAAGAGGUCUUUCUCGACGGCGUAUUGACCAAUGUAGCCGGGUAUAUCAUGAUGUGGUGUUUGGUGUAUGCUCUAGUUAAGUCCAGUAGCUGA